AUGGAUAUUCACGACAAAGUAUACAGAGUUGAUACAGAAAAGUUAUUAGAACAAAUAAAGAAUUUAUUAAAAGAAGAUUCAAACAUUGAAUUACCUAAAAAUAUUCAAUUUUUAAAGAGUGGGCAUGGUAAGCAAUAUGUUCCAGAUGAUAAAGAUGCAUUUUUUGUAAGAAUGGCUUCAAUAGUAAGACAAGCAAUCUGUAAAAAAAGAGUAAGUUUAACAGGACUAGCAUACCGUUAUGGAAACAGAAAGAAUAGAGGAGUUAGACCAACUAAGUUUGCAAAAGCAUCAACAUUUCUUUUAGAAGCAGCAAUCAAGAAUUUAGAGAAAAUUGGAUGGUUUGAUUUUAAGCAGAAGGAAACAAUUUUGACUGAAAAAGCUAAGAAAAUAAUUGAACCAAUGUUAAUUGAAUAA